AUCCUUGGCCUGAUGUUCAAUGAAAUAUUUCCGGUCUAUGAUUUGUACUCUCGCGCACACAGCGGUGACGUCACGCGAUGUUUUUAGUGCUAUGGCGUACCAGGAAGGGGAGUCGCUUGAAUCCUGGCUCAAUAAAGCCACCCAUCCAACAAACAGACAAGAGGACUGGGAGUACAUCAUUGGCUUCUGUGAUCAGAUCAACAAAGAACUGGAAGGUCCUCAGAUAGCUGUACCUCUGCUUGUGCACAAAAUCCAUUCUCCUCAAGAAUGGGAAGCACUCCAGGCUUUGACAGUGCUGGAGGCAUGUAUGAAGAACUGCGGCAGAAGAUUUCACAAUGAGGUUGCAAAAUAUCGAUUUUUGAAUGAGCUGAUCAAAGUUGUUUCCCCAAAGUAUAUGGGUGACAGUGCACCCCAGAAAGUGAAGCAGAAGAUUGUCGAGAUGUUGUACAGCUGGACGGUUGCUUUUCCCAAUGAAAUGAAGAUCAACGAAGCCUACCAGACACUGAGGAGACAGGGCCUAGUGACACAUGAUCCAGAGUUACCGCUGGACCGAACUCUGAUCCCUUCUCCUCCUACACGACCAAAGCAUCCAGUAUUCGACAAUGAAGACAUGGGAAAGCUCCUUGCUGAACUCCUCCGGAGUAAAAAUCCAGAGGACCUUCAAGAAGCCAACAGAUUAAUCAAAAACAUGGUGAAGGAGGACGAAGCUCGGGUUCAUAAGGUCACGAAGCGCAUGCACACUCUGGAGGAGGUGAACAUCAAUGUGAAGCUGCUGACCGAGAUGCUGACCCACUACAACAAGGACAGCUCCACCGACUCAGACAAGGAGAUCAUCAAGGAGCUCUAUGAGCGCUGUGACAAGCUGAGGAGGGCUGCUUUCAAAAUGGCCACGGAGACGGAAGACAACGACACCACUUUAGGGGACAUUCUCCAGGCCAGCGACGACCUCUCCAGGGUCAUCAACUCCUACAAGAAGAUCGUGGAGGGGCAGCCCAUCAACGGCGACAGUGAGGAGCCUCGAUCCACAGCUGGCCACAGCGAGAGCGAGGCCACAGACACGCUGAUUGACCUCGCCGGCCUCGAUACCCCCAGCCCUCCUCAGCCUGCCAUCCCCCCCUCCCUCGCCUCGCACCCCGCCUUGGCCGACCCCGCGGCGCUGCCCAUCCCCGUGCUGCCUCCUCCUCCUCCCAAACGCCUGGGGGGCUCCCAGGGCAGUCAGAGCAGCAGCCCCAGUCACCCCCCGCCCAGCCAGGCCUCCACUGCACUCUCACUCCUGGACGAUGAGCUGCUGUCUCUCGGACUGAAUGACCCGCCUACCUCUCUGAGCAGCCAAUCAAAACCUAAAUUAGAAGAACUGUCCAAUCAAUGGACUUCAUUGCAGGCCCCGUCAGCAGGCGUGGAUUUGUUCGGAAGUGGAGUCUUUUCAGGUCCGGCCGCGCCUCCUGCUGAGCCAGCUGCUCCGCACAGUCUGCAGAACCUGCAGGACUUAGCCAUGAUGGGGUUCACUGAUCAGAAGAGCCUGUCCAGCCAGAUGACCGCCAGAGGAAGCAGCUUCGGGAUGUCCGCAGCAGCCGCGGCACCCCCCCUCGUUCCCGGGCAGGGCUCCCCCUCCUCGGCCUCUCUUCUCCAGGGCGCAGUUCCCGGCUCGCCAGCCUUGUCCCACGCCAAGGCUCAGAGCCUGGGCUCGGCACCGGGCAGCCCCCUGUUCCGCUCCUUAUCCCCGUGCCACCCUCCCCUCCAGGGCAGCCCGGCCAGAGCCUCAGAAAUCUCCCUGAGCAACGUGUUCGUCCCUCUGGAAGCCAUCAGACCCAGUAAAGUCUUACCGGUGACUGCCUAUGAUAAGGACGGGGUUCGGGUCCUCCUCAACUUUGCGUCUGACUGUCCUCCCGGCAGACCCGAUGUGCUGGUGAUGGUUGUGUCCAUGCUCAACACAGCCCCCCUGCCCGUUCACAACGUGGUCCUGCAAGCUGCUGUGCCCAAGUCGAUGAAGGUGAAGCUGCAGCCCCCGUCGGGAACAGAACUGGCCCCGUUUAACCCCAUCCUCCCUCCGGCCUCUAUCACACAGAUCAUGCUCCUGGCCAACCCAACAAAGGAUAAAGUGCGUCUGCGCUACAAGCUGGCCUUCACGCUCGGAGAGCGCCCGUGCAACGAGGUUGGAGAGGUGGAUCAGUUCCCCCCGCCAGAGGCGUGGGGUCACCUAUAGCAGCGUGCACGCCCGCCAGCGCUCGGCAGGGACAGGCUGGCUCACGCUCCAUGAAGGGAUGAAUGUGUGUGCGCGUGUGUGUGUUCACAUCCAUCCCAGAGAGAACGGAGGGCGACUAGAGGAAAUUCAGCUCCACCUUUCAGCUUCACAUUCCUUAUAUUUGUUCAUAUUUUGGCAAAUGUUACUAUCAAUGAGGCGUUAACAGCAAACACUAAAGCUUUUAUUCGCACCAUGCCUGUACUAUACUGCAGAUAAGUAACAGAGCAAAGGAAUACACAGCCAAAGUGUUUACAGGUUAAGAAAUAUGAGCCCAAACUCAAACUGUAACCAGCAGAUGUUUUAGAAGACUUUAAACUCUCGUCUGGCUUAAUACUGGAACAGCGUCCAAAAAUAUGCUUGAAUAUGUCAAUUUUUUAAAUAUCUAUGUCUUCAAAUCAGGUUUAACGCUAGAUUUCAGUCAUGAAUGGUUCCUGCUGAGUAAAAGAAAGAUUUGAGUGCUUGAAAAUUCAAGUAAUGAGGAUUUUAGACAUGCUGAACUGAUUCGUAUUUAAUUGUAAAACUAGCUAAUGUAGCCUUGUGCUAGAUUAGCGGUUCAACACUACUGUGUGAUAAGAGGCGUUUUAGGCAUCAGCAGCGACGUGGUGUCUGUUUGCAGAUAUGUUACCCUGACUUGAGUCCAACACUGCUUUUAUUUAAUGCUAUUAGCUUAUUUUUUCUCUUCUUUGGGAGUAAAAGAAGUUUGAUUUGUCAGCAGUUUCAGCAGGGAAGGAAUUCAGUUUUGUUCAGUAUUUUUAGGAUGUUUUAUUAUCCUACAAGUGUCAGUAUUGGGAGUGUUUCUUGUCAUAUUUAUCGUUUGUCUCAUCGUGUUUCCGUGCAUCACUCUCACUCCUUCGAAAUGUGAACUGAAUUAACUUGAACUGAAAUCUGUCACCAGGCGGGCGACUUUCCAGCGUGCAGCCGUGAAAUGAGGCAGUACUGAAUAAAUUGUCAUAACUCAGAUCGCUUAAUCCGUCCUCGCACCGGAUCCGCAGAGACGCCACAAGCCUUCACUUUUUGCACACCAGGUUCGAGCUCAUCUCAAAACUGACGCCGUGAGUGUGCAUGUGCAAAAAGCGAAGGAUCCUGAAGACUCUGAAUGAGUUGUGGGCCUCUUCUCUAUAUUCCUUAACUCCCAGUCAUAUUGGGUGUACAGAGGUGUGUGUGCGCGUGUGUUUUCUGUACAUAGUUAUGUACUGUACCGGCUGUUUGUUGUAUGACAAGUGAUGUGACCCCGUGACGUGUACAGUCUGAGAGCGUGCUAGGUCUGUACAUAGUGUAUGAUGUACUGUUUGUUCGCUGCAUGAAAAA